GAGAAGGGACUGUCGCGUCACGUGAUCCAUUUUCGGAGCUGCCGCGGGUAAAUUGCACGUGUGACCGGCAGGGACUGAGCUGGUCUGUGUAGAAGAGCCUGCAAGAGGAGAAGCCAUGUUCACAUCUAAGCUGCUCACCCUGGUGUUGGUGGUCCAGCCGCAGAGAAUUUUGCUGGGCAUGAAGAAACGUGGCUUUGGUGUCGGCCUGUGGAAUGGGUUUGGUGGUAAAGUACAGCCGGGAGAAAGCAUCGAGGAAGCUGCAAAAAGGGAACUCUGGGAAGAGAGUGGCCUGACAACCGAAACCCUCCAGAAAAUCGGAAACAUAAAAUUUGAGUUUGUCGGUAGCACGGAGCUGUUGGAUGUCCACGUCUUCCGUGCAGAUGUGUUUAAAGGGGAACCGACUGAAAGCGAAGAAAUGCGUCCCGAGUGGUUUGCGCUAGACGAGAUCCCUUAUGAUGGCAUGUGGCCGGAUGACUACUUGUGGUUGCCCCUGUUGUUGCAGAAGAAGAAAUUCCAGGCCUACUUCAAGUUCGAGGGACAUGAUAAAAUUCUGGACUAUACGCUGGAAGAAGUAGAAGACGUUUGAGGAGGAACGUGCCGAAGUGUCUGGCGGAGAAGUUUAUUGUAGGUCUUUUCUAUUGCACGGUUAGGCUGCGGUUACUUGGGCGCAUUAUCAUGGUUGCCAACAAUCCCGAAUUUACAGGAACUGUCCCCAAUUUCCAGAGACAGUCCCCAGCAAAUUCAGGCUGUAUUGGGCUGAAAAUGGGUGGGGCUUGCGUAAGCCUCACCCAUAAGUGGGCAUUCCUGGGGCAGGGCUCUCAUGCCCAGAUUUACCAACUAAAACAAUUUUUGUUCAGGUUAUUAGACAGACUAGAUUUGUGCCCAUAUUGCACUUGUGUGACACCACCUUAGCCUGGUGCAGUCUCUGGAGACGGUUUUUAUUUUGAAUGUUUUUAAUAUUAUGCGGUUUAUCCGCAGUAGCAGGUAGUGCACUUUACUAGAUCGCCCCAGAUGGGUGGGUGAGAUGGAUUGGUUGCUCUCCUAUCUUAUCCUUUACACCAGUUUUGAUAUAUCUUAAAGGGGUUGUACACCCCUGGGGACCUUUUCUGCAGACUUCCCAGCAUGUCCGGACCCACGGUGGCAAUCAUACUUACCUGAUCGCCGCUGCAAGAUUCUGACUCCAUUGCUUCCCCUCCGACGCCACAGGUCUCUCCGUGUCAACAUCCAAUUUGAUCACGUGGCCGCAGCAGUGACGUGUCAUGUGACGCUCAAGUGACACGUUACCACUGCAGCCAGUCAUUGGCUGCAGCAUGACACGUCAAACCGGAAGACCCCGGGGGGAGCAACUGUGGUAUCAAGUAAGGUAUGAUUCCCACAGUGGCUCUGGUCACGCUGGGAGAUAUGGGAGUACAGUGCUCGGCUAUCUCCAGAACAACCCUAGAGAUGGAGUGACAGUGGGCAUGCUUGCCGCUCAGUUUGUUUUUGGGGAGACCUAUGGUGUAUAAGGUCCCAGCAGUCGGACCCCCACCAAUUUAAUAGAUAGGGGAUAACUUGCUAUAACUGGAAUACCCCUUUUAAAGAGGUUCUCAAGGCCUACAAAAAGAUGGCUGCUUUUUCCCAAAAACAGCAACACACUUGUCCAUGGGGUAUGUCCGGUGUCGAAGUGAAUUUGGCUAAGCUGUAAUGUCACAUACAACCUGAGAACACGUGUGGUGCGGUUUUUGGAAGAAAGCAGCCAUCUUUUUGUAGUCCUGGAGAUCUCCUUUAAGUUUUCAGUCAUAUCUGAUUAUUGCAAUCUUGGAACAGUUUAUUUUUAUGGUUUGUUCCUACAAUUCCUCUAUACGCUUAUUAGGCUACUUUCACACUAUCCGUACUGCCCUAAUGCAUUCUGAGUGGAUGCGGAUCCGCUCAGAAUGAAUCAGUCUGGCAGCGUUCAGCCUCCGCUCCGCUCAGCAGGCG